ACUAGGUAAUAGUCUUGUGCUCCUUAGCCAAAUCACUCAAAACAACACCUGCAAGGUUUUCACUGGAUUUUCACAUUCUGUGAAAAAUGGAUUCAACUCAAGGCCAUCACGACCUCCACAUCUUCUUCUUCCCAUACUUAGCACUCGGCCACAUGAUCGCCUACCUCGACACCGCCCUCCUCUUCGCCUCUCGCGGCGUCAAGGUCUCCUACAUCACCACCGCCGGCAACCUCCCCUCCCUCCUCCCCGCAGUCUCCUCCGCUGCCGCCAACGGGGCCUCUAUGCAGCUCCUCUUACUCCCUUUUCCCUCCGAAGAGGUCGGCCUCCCCUCCGGCUGCGAGAACACCAACUCCCUCCCCAUGACGGACGCCGCCCACGAAAAGUUCUACAACCUCAUCCAGCUCCUACAACAGCCUCUUCGCCAGCUCAUCGUCGACCACCGUCCAGACUUCCUCGUCGCCGACGAGCUCUACCCGUGGACCUCCGACCUCGCAAUCUCUCUCAACAUCCCUCGUGUCGUCUUCAACGUGUUCUCGCACUUCGCCGUCUUCAUCCUCGAUCAAGUCGAACAAAUGAUGAUUAACUCCCGCAACGAUGAUAAGCCAUUCGUCGUCGACGAGAUCGAGAUCACGAAAGCCGAGCUGCCCAAAGUGUUCCAUUACCCCAAAAUAGCUCUCGACAUGUUCAGAGAAGCCAGAAACAAGAGCUACGGCUUACUCUUUAACAGCUUCGACGAGCUCGCGCCUGAGUACGCUGAGAGGCUGAAAAUGGACGGUAAGAGUAGAGUGUGGAAUGUGGGGCCCGUCUCUCUCAGGCACUGGAAAGAAGCUGAUGUCGACGGUAAUGACGAUAAGGGGAUCAAAGCAUGGCUAGACGAUAAGAAAGAUCGGUCGGUGCUCUACAUCGCGUUCGGUAGCGAAUGCGUCUUCAGCGACGAUCAGCUACGAGAAAUCGGUCUCGCGUUGGAGGGUUCGGGAAGAGCCUUUAUAUGGGUGGUGAGGGGCGGAGGCGGGGGUUUGGAUACGAUCGGGGAUUGGUUGCCGAAGGGAUUCGAAGAGAAGGUGGAGGGGAGAGGGUUGGUAGUUCGAGGAUGGGCGCCGCAAAGGCUGAUACUGAACCAUCCGGCGUUGGGAGCGUUCGUGACGCACUGCGGAUGGAACUCGACAGUGGAGGCGCUGAGCUGCGGGGUGCCGAUGAUCGCCUGGCCGCUGCAUUCGGAGCAGUUCGUUAACGAGAGGCUCAUUGUGCAGGUGUUGGGGACGGGGGUGAGUGCAAUUGAACAAGGGGUGAAGAGGUCGACAUUCGCGGAGCAGAAGGAGGUGGUGAAGGCGGAGGCUGUGAAGAGGGCCGUGGAUAGGGUGAUGGGCGAAGGAAGAGAGGCGGCGGAGAUCAGGAGCAGGGCGGAGAAAUACAAGAAGAUAUCAAGGGCCGUCGUAGAGGAAGGAGGAUCAUCGUAUGUCAAUUUGACUAGCAUGAUUCAGGAACUUACUAAGGUAGCCAGGGAGAAAAAGAGAGAGGCGGGUUAUUGAUAUUCACUGUAACCUUAAUCAUUGUCUGAAGAGAAGAAUUCAGAAUGGUUGUUAGAGUUUCCUAAAGUUUCCCUAAAGUUUAGCUUUCUGUUGAAAUAAGUCAUAUUCCUUAGGCCAUGUUUAGUUUAUCUUUUAAUUAUUCAGUUGCUGAAAUCACAUAGCAAUUGUGGCUAUGGUGAACUAGUUCUUUUCAUUUUCUGUUAUGAUGUAGAGGAUUUUUAAGAAGCCUGAGUUGUUCAAUAAGAUGAUGAGAUUCAUUCC